AUGGCGAACAAGGGACAGAUGCUGACGUACGAAGGUUGCAAUUUUUUUAGACAGAGAGUUUUGUUGGCUACGUUGAGUGGCCGCUCUUUGAAGGUUCACAAAAUCCGUCAGUUUGAUGAUAAAGUUGGAGUUUCACCUUUCGAGGUCGACUUAAUGAAACUAGUUGAAAAACUCAGUAAAGGUGCAACCAUCAUGUUCAGCGAAGAUACCACCAGCCUGACGUAUCAUCCUGGCUUACUUGACGGAGGGAGGGUCCAACACGACUGCCACACUAGCCGGGGAAUUGGUUACUAUUUAGAAUUAGUGAUCUACCUGGCACCUUUCAUGAAAAAACCUCUCGACAUCACACUUACUGGUGUAACUAAUAACCAACAAGACAUCUCAGUCGAUUCAAUACAGUUCGCUACGCUACCCGUCCUGAAAUUGUUUCUCGGCUCUGACGAGGGCCUCAGUUUAAAAAUCAACAAACGGGGUUGCUUACCAGAAGCUGGGGGUGAAAUUAACUUCACAUGCCCGACCAAGCCCAAACUUCGAUCACUCCAGUUGAAUCUGAAUCCUUCAAGCCUAUUGGUCAAGAGAAUAAGGGGUGUGGCUUGGACUUGUCGGGUGUCGCCAGCUGAUUGUAAGAGGAUGACCGAUGGAGCUAAGGAAGUUCUUAGUGGCUGCAUGCUGUCAGAUGUUUUCAUAACCUCGGAUCACAGGAAGGGACCAUCGGCUGGGAAGUCUCCAGGAUUUGGUAUAACUUUAGUUGCAGAAACCAAGACAGGAGUGUGUUAUUGCAGUGAAGCAAUGUCCAAUGCCAAAGGAUCAUCAUCAGGACCAAGCCUUCCAGAAGAUAUUGGCAAAGAAGCUGCAAUCAAGUUACUUCUAGAAAUUUCGAAGGGUGGUUGUGUUGAUUCGAACAACCAGUGCCUAGCAAGCACCUUGAUGGUUCUCAACGAUAAAGAUGUUUCUAAACUUCUCGUCGGCCCAUUAACAGAUUAUACGAUCCACCACCUACGUCACUUACGUGAUUUCUUUGGCGUGACCUUCAAGAUUGACCCCAGAGAGGUCAAGGACGUAGGUCGGGGCGAGGACAAAUUACUCCUGACCUGCGUGGGCGUAGGUUACAAAAAUUUAAGCAGACCAAUUUUGUGAUCAACUUAUUAUUAUUAUUUAUUAUUAUUAUUAUUAUUCAUUAUUAUUAUUAUUAAGAAUGCUUGUUGGACAAAUAUGGUUUUUCUUUGUUUUUCAAAUAAAUUCCUAAAAAAAAAAAA